UAUCACCCACAACAAUUUCCGAUGGAAAUAUUCGUUCAGGAUCGUGUUUUGUACGAACAGUUGUGCAAGGACUAUUUGAACUUAAAACUGUUGGCACAGAAUGCAUGCACCAGCCCCGAGCGCUUGGAACGGUGCAAACAGCUCAUCUGGGAGGAUGUCCACUCGAGAAGGAAACUGAGUAGGGUGGCUAGUUUCGAGGAUCUUCUGCAGUUGUUGGAGCAGCGAAAUCUUCUCAGUCUCCUGAAACCGGAGGUCAUAGAGCGGCUCGAGCUGGUACUAAGUUCGGAUGAUAUUGCAAAGGCUGUCAAGUUGUACCGGCAAACAAUCAGCUCACACUAUCCAGCAAUAAGGAGAUUCUAUCUGGAAGAUCUCCGUCAACGUGAUCGUAGAUCGUUGCUCGAAAAAGAGGUGGAAAAGAUAAAGUUAGCAGAACAAAGCACCGUUUCCGCAUUUCAUGGAAAGUACCUCCAGCAGCGAGAAGCUAUAUACAGUUUACUACAGAAUCAAGUCGGAAAAGAAUGGAGGGUCUUCGGCAGAUACCUUAACAUCGCGGAAGCUGAGUUAGAUGAAAUCAACGAGCGUCAUAGAAACGAUUUAAAGAGUCGAAUAUACGAGAUGCUAAUAGGUGUGGAGCAAAAAUUGGGCGAAAGUUCUGGGGAACAAUUUAUUUCUACCUUAACGAAAGCUUUGGAAAACAUCCGGAGAAAGGAUUUGAAACGAAAGGUGGAAAAUAUGCUUGAUGUUUAAAGUGCCAUCAUCAUUCGAGCAAAGUCUUACAUUAGUUAAGUUUUUAUUACAAAUCUACUCACACGCGUCAGGGAUAUAAGCAAUAAUUUCUCAGAGUAUCACAUGAGG